AUGCAAAUUCCCUGGAUAUCGACGCCGAUCCGGAGCGUCUUGGCGAUUUGGCACCAGUUCAUCAAAAAUGAAAUUCCUGAACUCUCCAAAUGCUCGGUGCUGAUGAGGGACAGAGCCCGAGUGGAAGAAACCAUCUACAGCAUGAAGCGGACUGGUCCCAGUGGUCUGCAGGUCAUUUCAGACUUUGAUAUGACUCUGACAAGAUUUUCCUACAAAGGACAAAGAGUUCCCACCACUCACAACAUCCUGGAUAACCGGUUAUUGAUCGAUGAAGACUGUGAGAAGAAGAUCAAGAGACUGUUGAAUACAUACUACCCCAUCGAGAUCGACGCUCAGCUGUCUCCUGAACAGAAGCAGCCGCUGAUGGUGGAAUGGUGGAGUAAAGUUCACGAGCUGCUGAUCGAGCAGAAGAUCAGGAAGAACAUGUUGGAACGAGUCGUGAGAGAGUCCGGCUCCAGACUCAGAGAAGGCUACAGAGAGUUCUUUGACCUUUUGUCCGAGCUCCAAGUCCCGCUGCUGAUUUUCUCGGCGGGAAUCGGAGACGUGUUGGAGGAGGUGAUCCGUCAGAACAACGUUUUUCAUCCCAACGUGAACGUCAUCUCCAACUACAUGGACUUUGACGCCGCUGGCGUGCUGCAGGCGUUUAAAGGACAGCUCAUCCACACCUUCAACAAGAGGGAGGGGGCACUGCUGCACGGGGCCCGCCUGAGGGGCCGCCCCAAUGUGCUGCUGCUGGGGGACUCUCUGGGGGACCUGAACAUGGCCGACGGACUCUCAAACACGGAACAUAUUCUGACCAUCGGGUUUCUAAAUGACCAGGUUGAAGAAAGGAAAGAGUCGUACGUGAAAUCUUUCGAUAUCGUUUUAGUCAAAGAUGAAACCCUGGAAAUCCCAAACGUGAUUCUGAAGAACAUCUUAAAGCCACAAGUGAGAUGGUCCAAAAGACUUUAG